AACUGACAGCUGAGAAAAAACAUUUAGUUUUUCGGGUUUUUAAAACCGGACAGACGGAAUAUAAACUAAAAAAUUUGGUGUAUUUUCUAAUAUUUUCCUCUUUGUUGGGUGAAGAAAUAGAAGAAGCAAAAUGCCCGAAGCUCGCAGUCCCAUGGCAGCUUUUGCUGAUGCCUUGUAUAAUGUAAUUGAUGGCCCAGUUACAUGGUUCAAAGAAAGCAUUGUUGAACCCAAUCAAAAGAAAUAUGCCUGGUAUCAUCAACAAUACCGUCGUGUACCCACCAUCGAUCAAUGCUAUACAGAUGAUGUUGUCUGCCGCUUCGAGGCUGAUCAACAAUUCCGUCGUGAUCGCAUGGUCGACAACGAUAUUGUACAGAUUUUGCGUCAACGUUUCGAGGACUGCACUCUGUAUGAGGCUCCCGAUCACAUAGAGAAAUGUAAACCCGUUUUGGAGCAAUACGAAAAGGCUGCCGAAAAUUGGUUCAUUAAAUAUGGUGAUUUGGGUGCCUACACCAAUGCCAAAGCUGCCUACAUGAAACAAAAGCAUCGUUUGAUUUGGGAACGUCGCCACGGACCCAUUGGUAGUGGCGCCAAAAAAGCCAGCGAGGAACAAGAACAUUGA